GCUCCCGGCGCAACGCCUGGGGCAACCAGUCCUACGCCGAGCUCAUCAGCCAGGCCAUCGAGAGCGCCCCCGAGAAGCGGCUCACGCUGGCGCAGAUCUACGAGUGGAUGGUGCGCUCCGUGCCCUAUUUCAAGGACAAGGGCGACAGCAACAGCUCCGCCGGCUGGAAGAACUCCAUUCGACAUAACCUGUCCCUGCACAGCAAGUUUAUUAAAGUCCAUAAUGAAGCCACAGGGAAGAGCUCCUGGUGGAUGCUCAAUCCUGAGGGUGGUAAAAGUGGAAAAGCACCAAGAAGAAGAGCUGCCUCCAUGGACAACAGCAGCAAACUCGCAAAAGUCAGAGGUAAAGCAUCCAGGAAGAAGCCUCCUCUCCAGUCUGCACCAGAAUCCUCUGCUGACAGUCCUGGCUCCCAAUUUCCCAAGUGGCCUGGGAGCCCGUCCUCAAGAAGCAAUGAGGACUCUGACGUGUGGAACACCUUCCGGCCUCGAACCAGUUCCAAUGCAAGCACCAUCAGUGCCAGGCUUUCUCCUAUCCUGACAGAGCAGGAUGACCUCCAUGAUGAAGAGCUGCUUCCUUCUCUGGUGUACUCCAGUGCAUCCAGCAACGUUCCACCAACUGUGACCGAGGAGCUUGAGCUCAUUGAUGGGUUAAAUUUGAUGUCUCCCAGCUCAUCUGUUCUGUCUACCCAGCAAUCUGCCUCCAGUGGUCAGAUCCAGAGAGAUUCCAGCUUUUCCUUGCAGAGCCCAAAUGCAGCUGGUCAGACUUUUGGCAAUUCCCUGUUUAACCCUGUUGAUAUUUCACUGCAGAGUUCUGUCAGCCAUUUCUCUGCCCCUCAGACCUUGGAAGCUCUCCUGACACCCAGCUCUCCGCCUCCAAGGGAUGUUAUGAUGACUCAGGUGGAUCCAGUUCUCCCACAGACUGGUAACAGGAUGAGCAGCCGAACUCUUCUGCUUCUGGGUGGACAAGCUGCCCAGAGUAAGAUGAGCUCAGGCAAUCCACGAGGAAAGCCUGCAGAGCAGCAGGCAGAACCAGUCGGUGCCAGUGUUUUACCAUCGACGCUUCCCAUAGUCACAUCUCCUCAAAACACUGCCAGCAUCACCAGUUUGAAGGCUCCAGUUUCUGCCCAGCCAGUCCAGCUGGGCAGUCCAGUGCUUCUUUCGUCUGCUAGCCCUGCUCCCUUGGGAUUGAACCAGGACAGGCUGCCCACUGACCUGGACAUUGACAUGUACAUGGAGAACCUUGAAUGUGAUAUGGAUUACAUAAUCAACAGUGAACUCAUGGAUGGAGAAGGACUGGACUUUAAUUUUGAACCCAUUCUGCCUACUCCUAGCUAUCCCAGCACCUCACAGGCCUCCAACCAUACCUGGGUACCAAGUUAACUUCAGGAGCACAAAAAGUGUCCUUCAGGUUUUGAACAUUGGGUUCUGACUUCACUUCCCACCCCAGCAGAGAAGAGAAUGGAGCACGUUGGAUUCAGUUUCCCUGCACAUCAUGCCUUGGGCAGAAGGGGCUGCCCAUCUGGGAAGAAGGGGCAACCUGCAUCUGGCUGCAACAGGAAGAGUUUAAAAAUAAUAA